AUGCUCAUUGUGCUCCUACACUUCUUACUUUAUCUUAUUGUUGCUGAUGGAGUUCAUUUCAACGGUGGUACUAUUAGAUGGCAACCUAUGAAUCCCUACGUCAAUUCAAGUUCAGUACCAAUUGCCAUCAUUCAAUCCUAUUCAUGGACUUAUCCGACGAUAACCUGUGCAAGCAACGUACCCAUUUCAACUAGUGGUCGCAGCGGAGCGAACACUAAUCUGACAUGUAUUUCUAGCUGUUCGACCGAUGGCGGCUAUGCCACUAAGCCAGUAAAUAUUUUAACUGACUGCGUUUCAGCUAGUUCAUCGCUAGGUAUGAUGUCUAGUACACGAUCAGUGAAUAUGUCACUCACAUCCGGCGCACACUUUUACUUAUCGUUUCAAGGAAGUUCAUGGACAGCGCUCAACGAUCCCCCAGUAGGCGGUCUAUACUGGUCUAUUGUAACAUUCAUCGACCUUCGAAUGCGAUCUGAUGGUUUUAUUAAUACCCCACCUGAAGCAACUGUCGUUUCUCCGCAAUACGCGGUUGUCAAUCAAACAACUCAGAUUCAAAUACCUGUAUCGGAUGUUAAUGCAGGCGAUGAUAUUCGUUGUCGAUGGUCUGUGUAUACAGCCGGAAAUCGGAAACGAAGACAAGAGCAUGUACACGAAGGGUUCUACAAUGCACUGACUAUCAACGUGUAUAAGAAACUGCCUGCAGAUAGAGAAAUUGUUCAUAUAAGAAAAAAACGCAAAACAGAUCCAUGUACUACUAGUUAUUGUUCUAGCACAUGCAAAGAUAAGUGCCCAUGUCGCUGCUCGUCUUGCACAGAUACUACUUGCAGUGGCACUAGUUGCAAGGCACCAGGAUCCUAUUGCCCACGAGUUACAACUACAGUCGAAACUCCAGGAACUGUACCACCAACUUCAUCGUACGCCAAUCAUCAACCGAUUGAUGAAUGUGGUGGUAUUUGUUAUCCAAGCAGCGUACCUAGUGGUACAACUUUAUCCAAUUGCACCUUAUCGUUUAAGGGACUUGUUCCGGACAGAUGGUAUGCAGUUGCUAUCCAGGUUGAAGACUUCAUUAACUCAACAAGUACUACUGCAAUGAGUUCUGUACCAGUACAGUUUUUGAUUUAUGUCAUGCCAGAACCAACAUGUUCAAGACAACCCGUCAUUACUCCUCUCAAAGGUUGUUUGGAAGUGAAAGUGGGCACUAUGAAAACUUUUAAUAUAUCCAUAGUGAAUCAAUGUGAUCCUAACGUAACUGAUAUUAGUGAUCUCAUCGUGACCAAUGGAAUUACUGGCAUGCAAGCUGGAAAUCUGACAUAUUCGUCGACUAAUGAUUCUCUACUGUAUGUCAUAUUCACUUGGACACCACAAUUAAGUCAGCUUGGAUCUCAGACACUAUGUACGAUUGCCUUUACCGAUGAGCAAGUACAAUCUGCGCAGUAUUGUGCCACAUUUACUGUAGUAACGUCAGCUGCAGAUUGCAUAACAACAACAACCACAACGACUACAACAUCGACUGCCACCACUACGACAGCAACAACUACCACGACCACCUCCACAACAACAACAACAACAACAACAAAAACCACAACUACAACCACUUCGACUACUUCAACUACAUCAACUUCGACGUCAACUUCAACUUCCACGACCUCAACAACAACCACAACUACAACUACCACAACAACUACGGAUACAACUACCACAACAACCACAACUACAACUACCACAACAACCACGGAUACAACCACAACAACAACCACAACUACAACUACCACAACAACUACGGAUACAACCACAACAACAACCACAACUACAACUACAACAACAACUACGGGUACGACUACAACAACAACCACAACUACAACUACAACAACAUCCACAACUACAACUACAACAACGUCCACGACAACAACUUCAACAACAUCCACAAGCUCAACAUCAACAACAACUACGAGCGCUACAACGUGA